CCCUCUUCUUCCUCCCUCUCCGCUCCUACAUGUACGAAAGAGAAUGCGCAUUUGCGCAACGUCGUCAUUCUAUCCGAGCUGGACUGGCAACACAAACCUUAUACAGAAGAGAGGGCAACCUGCGCUCCGGGGCGCAGCAGAUUUGUACACUUUGGGGCUUUUCUGAUUUGGAUUAUAUUAUAUUGUUCCGUUUAUUUUUGUUUUCGCUGCUGAUUGCGCGGGUUUCAGUCCGGGGUCGUCUCCAUUUGGCACCAGACGCAUCUGUCACCAUCUGAGACCGGGUGCUUAAAGCUGUCAAAGUCAUGCCGGCCGGGUUUCAGCAGCUCGGAGGGGAGACAGUGACUGGAACCCUUGCUCUAUCGGUCUUCACUGCUGUUCUGGGAUCGCUAACGUUUGGAUACAACAUUGGAGUCAUCAAUGCACCUCAAAAGAUCAUUGAGGAGGACUACAAUGCGACAUGGAUCCACCGGUAUGGAGAACCCAUCACCACAGGAACCCUGACCUCCCUCUGGUCGCUGUCUGUGGCCAUAUUCUCCAUCGGUGGCAUGCUCUCCUCCUUCUGUGUGGGCUUCAUCUCAGAGUGGCUGGGCAGGAGGAAAGCGAUGCUCGCCAACAAUUUGUUUGCCUUCAUUGGUGGGAGUCUGAUGGGAAUGUCCAAGCUCUGUUUCUCCUUUGAAAUGAUGAUCCUGGGACGUUUCAUCAUUGGGGCCUACUGUGGGCUUGCAUCUGGCUUGACACCAAUGUAUGUGGGGGAGAUAGCUCCUACAAGUCUUCGAGGUGCACUCGGCACGUUGCACCAACUGGCCAUAGUCACCGGCAUUCUUAUAGCACAGAUUCUGGGUCUGGAGACGUUACUGGGCAGUGAACACCUAUGGCCCGUUCUAAUGGGUUUAACCGUGGUGCCAACUGUACUCCAGAUGGGUCUGCUGCCCUUCUGCCCGGAGAGCCCUCGAUUCCUCUACAUCGUCCGUAGUCAGGAACACCACGCCAAGAGUGGCUUGAGGAGGUUAACAGGCCAGCAGGAGGUGGGUGACAUGCUAGCAGAGAUGAAGGAGGAGAAGAGGAGGAUGGACAUGGAGAGAAAAGUAUCCAUCCCUGAGCUCUUUCGCUCCACUCUUUACCGUCAGCCCAUCAUCAUCUCCAUCCUGCUGCAGCUCUCCCAGCAGCUCUCUGGAGUCAAUGCAAUUUUCUACUACUCCACCAGUAUUUUCAUGAAGGCAGGAGUCCAGAGUCCAGUCUAUGCCACAAUAGGAGCUGGAGUGGUAAACUGUGCCUUCACUGUGGUCUCGCUUUUCCUUAUGGAGAGGAUGGGUCGGCGGACACUACACAUGUUAGGAUUGGGAGGAAUGUGCAUUUCUGCCAUUAUUAUGACUGUAGCUCUGGCUUUACUGGACAGCAUUCCAUGGAUGAGCUACAUUAGCAUGCUAGCUAUCUUUGGCUUUGUGGCCUUCUUUGAGUUGGGUCCGGGUCCCAUUCCUUGGUUCUUUGUAGCUGAGCUGUUCUCUCAAGGCCCAAGGCCAGCUGCCAUGGCUGUGGCGGGCUUCUCCAACUGGACUGCCAACUUUGUCAUUGGCAUGGGCUUCCAAUAUGUUGCAGAUCUAUGUGGGCCAUAUGUAUUCCUGAUAUUCGCAGGGCUCCUCCUCUUUUUCCUCAUCUUCACAUUCUUUCGGGUGCCAGAGACCCGGGGUAAGACCUUCGAUCAGAUCGCAGCCAACUUUAAUCAGCACUCAGUGGCGGGCAUGAUGGAUAUGGACAUGGAGCUGAACAAGUCCAGCACGGAACUGGACUACUUGGGGGAUGAAAGCAUCAACUGAAGAGUCCAAAUGAAACAAAAAACACACUGAGUACAGCUUAGAGUGAAGUUUGUGUAUGGGCCCUACUCCAAAAUGUUAUUUUUUGACAUAUGUUUUAAGAUCCGUAGUUCUAUUUCAUAUAGCUUGUGGUGCCAGAGCAGUGUUAAGAUGAAUGUGUGACAAUGUGGAUGUUUUUUGAAAUUGUUGUUUGCUGGUACCACAGCAGUUAGACUACUGGUGGUUCUGACCUUUGCUCUAACAGCUCAACACCUACGGGUUAGACUGACUGCUAUAUUUUCAACAAAAAAAAACUGACUGUUGAGGCAUUGACUGCCGGCGUGAGAUGAUUUUAUUUAAUGCUGAUGAACUCAGAUGCAGUGUUGAUAGAGGGAAAAAGUUUGGAAAUCCUGCACUUUAUAAAGAAGGACUUAGGUGAACGGAGGUAUAGGUAUAGGUUCUUAAGAAUCGGUUGUGCUGCAUGUUUUAGAUGUAACCAUGCUCCAACAAAUCAGAUUCAAAUGGUUGUAUUAGCCCUUCACCAUCUUGUUGGUAAUGGCAAAUGUAUCUAAAGCAUGCAGGAUAUUGAGUUUUGUGGACUGAAAAUGGACAUCACUGAUUUAGAAAGUUGAAGUGACUUGAUGGUUUUUCCUUAAGAUGGGAACACGCUAGAAUAAGGCUUCUUCAAGAACUGACUAAUGGUUUCAUUUUUUUCUUGUUUUAGGAUAGUAGAUUUUGGAAAUGAACAAAUAUAUUAGAAAAAAAUACAAUUAUAAUUCAUUUAUGAAUGAAUUAAACUAGUUUGCAUCAGUACCAGAUAUAAAUCGCUAGAUGCACUGGAAAUCAAGCAACGCAUCAGGGUUCCAACAUGUUUAUUACAAAUUUCCAUACUUUUGCAGAUUUUUUUGACAUUUUUAUUGAAUUCUGGAUAUUUGUGUAUGGCGUUUUAACUUUGAACUUGCUGUGCCUUUUUUGUUGGAGGAAAACAUUUAAUUGUGAUACUGUCGCUAAAUAUUCCAAUGACAAUAUUGCUCCAAGCAAAUAUUGACUCAAUUUAUUGUGCAGCUCUAAUUUGCAGGUUGCACAAAUAAACCAAUGCUGAAACUGGCUUACUACCUGAGCAUUGUAUAGAGCCACUGCUUCUGUGGUGUCUCUGAAUUAGCUUUGAUCAGUUAUUUUAACUGAUCGAAGCUUCAACAAGCUCUACAACUCUUGGCUUUGUCAAAUAAGGAAAUUAGUAUCUUGGACUAAAUGCAGAUAUUGAAUUUUUUGUACUUGUAUUAAACUUCACCAAAAUAGAAUUUUUUGUGCAUGUUUCAGACCCAAAUUAAUAACCACAGGUCCAGUUUAGCUUAAAUGUUAGGUUUUCUAUUGACCAAAUUAGUUAAAUGGCCCUUUUUGAUUUAUCAAGUAGUGUUCAGCCAGCAACUGAUUAACCAAAAUACUGAUGGUAAAAAACAAAUGUAAUACCCCAAAUAUAAAAAAGCAUAUCUCAUAAAACCACUGCAUUAAUUAGGCAUAGACAUAUCCUUUUGAAAAUGGAAUAUGUCUAGAAAAACAUUUUACCCACCCCCAAAACUUGCAGCUAAUUCCAAACUUCAGAGUGUAGGAACCCUGCAUUGCAUUUUAAAUCCGAGCUAGAGUUCCUUAUAUGCGUGUUCCCCCCUUAGGUUUUAAUGUUUUCCAGAGAAAAAGAUUUCAGGAAACCUUUUGGUACUCCAUAUGUACAUAAUGUUUGGGUGUUGUCAUGUAUGCGGGUCUAAAGUUUCUACUCUGUUUGCACUCCAGCUGGUUUAUGGUAUGGACGCUCAGGUUAGAUAGGAUUUAUUUUGUAGACCACAGGCAGCAAUUUUGUGUAGUCUUUGCAUCCAUGUGUGUGCCUUCUGUCAUGUAGUGUUCUGAAUAUUUGUAUUGAGAUUUUUCUUCCAGUGGACCUGUAAAUUUAUGCUGUGGUUAUACAAGUGCUGUAAAUAACUGUACAAGAGGAUAA